CAUUAGCUCUAAAGAAAAAAAACCAACGCGCUUCGCUUCUCUUUUGGAAUUUAUGGUACUGUAACAAGGCUCGCUUUUGUGUUUCACUUCGGAAAAGUUUUAAAUUUUCGGAUACAAUCAUGUCAACAAUGCGUUAAUUGCUUCAACAAUACUAGUAUUAUAAAGUUAGGAGUUAUUUUAUGGAAGCAUUAAGUAGAUUUACGGAUCAAUAUUCGAGUCACUGAAAUGUCCCCAUAGCGUCACUGCAAAUGGAGACAAAGUCUGGGGUUGGAAUUACUGACCAUUGGAUUAAAAGUAUGAUGGAGCCGGCCGGUAGCGACAAACAAAUACUGAACGAUAAUAGAUCAUCUGUGAAGCGCGAAAAAAUGGCAGAGGCUUACAAUGGUCAGGACAAUAAUAUCACAUACGAAAUUAAGCAACAAAGUGAAGGAAGAUAUCGUUGCGAUGUGUGUGAUUUAGCAUUCGAGGGCAUGGAGUAUUUGAUGUUGCAUAAAAAGUUUCACGGAAAUGACAAGGACACGCCAGUUAUGGAACCAGAGCCGCCAAUUAUUAAGGAAGGUCCGAAGAAGCGUCGUAAAUUUAAAUGCGAUCAAUGUGACGUGAAAGUGAACUCGCAAUACCAUCUCGACAUCCACCGCAGCAAGCACGAAGGUAAUGCAUCAAAAAAAUACAUAUGUCAAGUAUGUGAUCGUAGUUUUGUCGCAGCACAGUUCCUCAAGAGUCAUAUGCAAUCACAUUCGGCGACAAGUACGAUAAACUGCGAAAUAUGUAAUAAAAACUUUACAGGGCAAGCAUAUCUUAAACUACACAUGCAAUUACAUAAUGAUAUAAAAAAAUUUAAAUGUUCAAAAUGUGACGAGAUGUUCCCUACAAAGAAUUGUUUAAAAAUUCAUAUGAAAAAACAUACGAAAGUUAAAAAUUUCAAAUGCGAUUUCUGUCAAAAGUUGUUUGUAUCGAAAAUUACAAUGGAGAAGCAUCGUCAGACGCACGAAGGACAGCCAAUGGACUGUCACGUGAAAUGUACCCAGUGUGAUAGAACUCUUCAUUCUUCGUUACUACGUACUCAUAUUGCAAGAGCUCAUCCCUCAACUAUCGAUGACGAUGUAAAACGUCCACAUAAAUGUUCGACAUGUGGUAAAAGCUUUAUUGUUAAAAUAAAUCUCAAUUUACAUAUUCGGGUAUGUCACCCGGAUCUAGCAGAGCCAGAAGAGGAAGAUGAAGACGUAAUGACAGACAAUUCUUAGCUGUAAGAUUAGUUAUAUAACUAUCAUGUAUUAUUAAUGAAUAAUUAUACUUUUUUAUGCUAACAUUAA